GAUUAUGUUGUUGCCGAUAUUUUUACUCCUUUUAGUCGUAUGGCCGUUAACGGUUUCCAGUGAGAAUUGUGAGAAAAUAGAUUGGCUUCAACCAUUUAACAAUGAGAGCAGUAUAUGUCAUUCCAAUGGAUGGUUUAUUGAUAAAAGCGACAAAGACUGUCGACAAUAUUUUGUAUGCAUUAAAAAUGGCGAAACCUUUAUAGUAAUUUACUUAAAAUGUCCAACUGGACUGCACUUCGAUAGCACAAUUAAUGAUUGUAGUACUGAAUAUAUUUGUCCCUAUCAGACAAUACCUACUACUAGUAAUCCAUCUACUGAACAAAUCAAAACAACCAGUGAAUGGUAUAUUAAAGACAGCUCCAGCCAAGCACCCAGGACAACCACAUAUCAAUCUGACUUAACAAAUAGUGACUCAGAAUCACUAACAACUAAAAAUACACCAACCACAUUAGAUGGUAAUAUAAGUUCCAGUACAGAACCUGAACUAACCUCGCUCACGACAGACUCAUUCACUAGUGGAUCCGAUAAAACAAUAUCGACUAUCACAGAAUUAACAACAACCGAAAAACAGCAAACAACACCCAUCGACGAGUGUUCCUAUAAUGAAAAUCCUGACUACUUCACUUGUACAGUGAAAGGCAGAUUCAGAAAUGCAAAUGACAGAACCUGUACAACCUAUUAUCUAUGCAAUGUUUUAAGUAGUGGAAGAGUAAUCCAAACGAAAUAUACUUGUCCUACAAACUCAAACUUUAAUCCAGCCAAACAACUUUGUGAUGUAGACUAUAAAUGUCCCUGUCCUUUAGCGCCAGAUACAACCAUAACCUCAACUUCUCCUACAGUAACAACCGAUGACAAUAUAACUACUGAAGUUUCCACAGAGAAGGAGAUAACAUCAAGUACAACAGUGAUAAGCGAUAGAAAUACUAAUCAAGAUAACAACGAUAGUAGUACAUCAAAUACCGAGACAACAGAAAAUAUAACAAAUACUUCAGAUAAUGAAACAAGUUCCAGCACAGAACCUGAAAGUUACAGCACGGACGAUAGUAGUACAUCAAAUGCUGAGACAACAGAAAAAGUAACAAACACAUCAGAUGAUGAAACAAGUUCCAGCACAGAAUUUGAAAGUGCCAGUACCGAAUCUGAAAUAAACUCGUCCACGACAGACUCAUCCACUAGUGGAUCCGAUAUAAUAACAUCGACUACCCCAGAAAUAACUACAACUGAAAAACAGGAAACACCUAUUGACGAGUGUUCCUAUAAUGAAGAUCCUGAUUACUUUACAUGUACAGUGAAAGGCAGAUUCAGAAAUGCAAAUGAUAGAACCUGUACAACCUAUUAUCUAUGCAAUGUUUUAAGUAGUGGAAGAGUAAUCCAAACGAAAUAUACCUGUCCUACAAACUCAAACUUUAAUCCAGCCAGACAACUUUGCGAUGUAGACUAUAAAUGUCCUUGUCCUUCAGUACCAGACACUACUAUAACCUUAACUUCUCCUACAGUCACAACCGAUAUAACUACUGAAGUUUCCACAGAGGAGGAGAUAACAUCAACUAAAACAGUGACAACCGAUAGAAAUACUAAUCAAGAUAACAAUGAUAGUAGUACAUCAAAUACCGAGACAACAGAAAAUAUAACAAACACUUCAGAUAAUAAUACAAGUUCCAGCACAGAAUCUGAACUAACUUCGUCCACGACAGACUCAUCCACUAGUGGAUCCGAUAUAAUAACAUCGACUACCCCAGAAAUAACUACAACCGAAAAACAGGAAACACCUAUUGACGAGUGUUCCUAUAAUGAAGAUCCUGAUUACUUUACAUGUACAGUGAAAGGCAGAUUCAGAAAUGCAAAUGAUAGAACCUGUACAACCUAUUAUCUAUGCAAUGUUUUAAGUAGUGGAAGAGUAAUCCAAACGAAAUAUACCUGUCCUACAAACUCAAACUUUAAUCCAGCCAAACAACUUUGCGAUGUAGACUAUAAAUGUCCUUGUCCUUCAGUACCAGACACUACUAUAACCUCAACUUCUCCUACAGUCACAACCGAUGACAAUAUAACUACUGAAGUUUCCACAGAGGAGGAGAUAACAUCAACUACAACAGUGACAAACGAUAGAAAUACUAAUCAAGAUAACAACGAUAGUAGUACAUCAAAUACCGAGACAACAGAAAAUAUAACAAACACUUCAGAUAAUAAUACAAGUUCCAGCACAGAAUCUGAAAUAACUUCGUCCACGACAGACUCAUCCACUAGUGGAUCCGAUAUAAUAACAUCGACUACCCCAGAAAUAACUACAACCGAAAAACAGGAAACACCUAUUGACGAGUGUUCCUAUAAUGAAGAUCCUGAUUACUUUACAUGUACAGUGAAAGGCAGAUUCAGAAAUGCAAAUGAUAGAACCUGUACAACCUAUUAUCUAUGCAAUGUUUUAAGUAGUGGAAGAGUAAUCCAAACGAAAUAUACCUGUCCUACAAACUCAAACUUUAAUCCAGCCAAACAACUUUGCGAUGUAGACUAUAAAUGUCCUUGUCCUUCAGUACCAGACACUACUAUAACCUCAAUUUCUCCCACAGUCACAACCGAUGACAAUAUAACUACUGAAAUUUCCAAAGAGGAGGAGAUAACAUCAACUACAACAGUGACAACCGAUAGAAAUACUAAUCCAGAUAACAACGAUAGUAGUACAUCAAAUACCGAGACAACAAAAAAUAUAACAAACACUUCAGAUAAUAAUACAAGUUCCAGCACAGAAUCUGAACUAACUUCGUCCACGACAGACUCAUCCACUAGUGGAUCCGAUAUAAUAACAUCGACUACCCCAGAAAUAACUACAACCGAAAAACAGGAAACACCUAUUGACGAGUGUUCCUAUAAUGAAGAUCCUGAUUACUUUACAUGUACAGUGAAAGGCAGAUUCAGAAAUGCAAAUGAUAGAACCUGUACAACCUAUUAUCUAUGCAAUGUUUUAAGUAGUGGAAGAGUAAUCCAAACGAAAUAUACCUGUCCUACAAACUCAAACUUUAAUCCAGCCAAACAACUUUGCGAUGUAGACUAUAAAUGUCCUUGCCCUUCAGUACCAGACACUACUAUAACCUCAACUUCUCCUACAGUCACAACCGAUGAAAAUAUAACUACUGAAGUUUCCACAGAGGACGAGAUAACAUCAAGUACAACAGUGACAACCGAUAGAAAUACUAAUCAAGACAACAACGAUAGUAGUACAUCAAAUACCGAGACAACAAAAAAUAUAACAAACACUUCAGAUAAUAAUACAAGUUCCAGCACAGAAUCUGAACUAACUUCGUCCACGACAGACUCAUCCACUAGUGGAUCCGAUAUAAUAACAUCGACUACCCCAGAAAUAACUACAACCGAAAAACAAGAAACACCUAUUGACGAGUGUUCCUAUAAUGAAGAUCCUGAUUACUUUACAUGUACAGUGAAAGGCAGAUUCAGAAAUGCAAAUGAUAGAACCUGUACAACCUAUUAUCUAUGCAAUGUUUUAAGUAGUGGAAGAGUAAUCCAAACGAAAUAUACCUGUCCUACAAACUCAAACUUUAAUCCAGCCAAACAACUUUGCGAUGUAGACUAUAAAUGUCCUUGUCCUUCAGUACCAGACACUACUAUAACCUCAACUUCUCCUACAGUCACAACCGAUGACAAUAUAACUACUGAAGUUUCCACAGAGGAGGAGAUAACAUCAACUACAACAGUGACAAACGAUAGAAAUACUAAUCAAGAUAACAACGAUAGUAGUACAUCAAAUACCGAGACAACAGAAAAUAUAACAAACACUUCAGAUAAUAAUACAAGUUCCAGCACAGAAUCUGAAAUAACUUCGUCCACGACAGACUCAUCCACUAGUGGAUCCGAUAUAAUAACAUCGACUACCCCAGAAAUAACUACAACCGAAAAACAGGAAACACCUAUUGACGAGUGUUCCUAUAAUGAAGAUCCUGAUUACUUUACAUGUACAGUGAAAGGCAGAUUCAGAAAUGCAAAUGAUAGAACCUGUACAACCUAUUAUCUAUGCAAUGUUUUAAGUAGUGGAAGAGUAAUCCAAACGAAAUAUACCUGUCCUACAAACUCAAACUUUAAUCCAGCCAAACAACUUUGCGAUGUAGACUAUAAAUGUCCUUGUCCUUCAGUACCAGACACUACUAUAACCUCAAUUUCUCCCACAGUCACAACCGAUGACAAUAUAACUACUGAAAUUUCCACAGAGGACGAGAUAACAUCAAGUACAACAGUGACAACCGAUAGAAAUACUAAUCAAGACAACAACGAUAGUAGUACAUCAAAUACCGAGACAACAGAAAAUAUAACAAACACUUCAGAUAAUAAUACAAGUUCCAGCACAGAAUCUGAACUAACUUCGUCCACGACAGACUCAUCCACUAGUGGAUUCGAUAUAAUAACAUCGACUACCCCAGAAAUAACUACAACCGAAAAACAGGAAACACCUAUUGACGAGUGUUCCUAUAAUGAAGAUCCUGAUUACUUUACAUGUACAGUGAAAGGCAGAUUCAGAAAUGCAAAUGAUAGAACCUGUACAACCUAUUAUCUAUGCAAUGUUUUAAGUAGUGGAAGAGUAAUCCAAACGAAAUAUACCUGUCCUACAAACUCAAACUUUAAUCCAGCCAAACAACUUUGCGAUGUAGACUAUAAAUGUCCUUGUCCUUCAGUACCAGACACUACUAUAACCUCAAUUUCUCCCACAGUCACAACCGAUGAAAAUAUAACUACUGAAGUUUCCACAGAGAACGAGAUAACAUCAAGUACAACAGUGACAACCGAUAGAAAUAAUAAUCAAGACAACAACGAUAGUAGUACAUCAAAUACCGAGACAACAGAAAAUAUAACAAACACCUCAGAUAAUAAUACAAGUUCCAGCAUCGAAUCUGAACUAACUUCGUCCACGACAGACUCAUCCACUAGUGGAUCCGAUAUAAUAACAUCGACUACCCCAGAUUUAACUACAACCGAAAAACAGGAAACACCUCUUGACGAGUGUUCUUAUAAUGAAGAUCCUGAUUACUUUACAUGUACAGUGAAAGGCAGAUUCAGAAAUGCAAAUGAUAGAACCUGUACAACUUAUUAUCUAUGCAAUGUUUUAAGUAGUGGAAGAGUAAUCCAAACGAAAUAUACCUGUCCUACAAACUCAAACUUUAAUCCAGCCAAACAACUUUGCGAUGUAGACUAUAAAUGUCCUUGCCCUUCAGUACCAGACACUACUAUAACCUCAACUUCUCCUACAGUCACAACCGAUGAAAAUAUAACUACUGAAGUUUCCACAGAGGACGAGAUAACAUCAAGUACAACAGUGACAACCGAUAGAAAUACUAAUCAAGACAACAACGAUAGUAGUACAUCAAAUACCGAGACAACAGAAAAUAUAACAAACACCUCAGAUAAUAAUACAAGUUCCAGCACCGAAUCUGAACUAUCUUCGUCCACGACAGACUCAUCCACUAGUGGAUCCGAUAUAAUAACAUCGACUACCCCAGAUUUAACUACAACCGAAAAACAGGAAACACCUAUUGACAAGUGUUCUUAUAAUGAAGAUCCUGAUUACUUUACAUGUACAGUGAAAGGCAGAUUCAGAAAUGCAAAUGAUAGAACCUGUACAACCUAUUAUCUAUGCAAUGUUUUAAGUAGUGGAAGAGUAAUCCAAACGAAAUAUACCUGUCCUACAAACUCAAACUUUAAUCCAGCCAAACAACUUUGCGAUGUAGACUAUAAAUGUCCUUGUCCUUCAGUACCAGACACUACUAUAACCUCAACUUCUCCUACAGUCACAACCGAUGACAAUAUAACUACUGAAGUUUCCACAGAGGAGGAGAUAACAUCAAGUACAACAGUGACAACCGAUAGAAAUACUAAUCAAGAUAACAACGAUAGUAGUACAUCAAAUACCGAGACAACAGAAAAUAUAACAAACACUUCAGAUAAUAAUACAAGUUCCAGCACAGAAUCUGAACUAACUUCGUCCACGACAGACUCAUCCACUAGUGGAUCCGAUAUAAUAACAUCGACUACCCCAGAAAUAACUACAACCGAAAAACAGGAAACACCUAUUGACGAGUGUACCUAUAAUGAAGAUCCUGAUUACUUUACAUGUACAGUGAAAGGCAGAUUCAGAAAUGCAAAUGAUAGAACCUGUACAACCUAUUAUCUAUGCAAUGUUUUAAGUAGUGGAAGAGUAAUCCAAACGAAAUAUACCUGUCCUACAAACUCAAACUUUAAUCCAGCCAAACAACUUUGCGAUGUAGACUAUAAAUGUCCUUGCCCUUCAGUACCAGACACUACUAUAACCUCAACUUCUCCUACAGUCACAACCGAUGAAAAUAUAACUACUAAAGUUUCCACAGAGGACGAGAUAACAUCAAGUACAACAGUGACAACCGAUAGAAAUACUAAUCAAGACAACAACGAUAGUAGUACAUCAAAUACCGAGACAACAGAAAAUAUAACAAACACCUCAGAUAAUAAUACAAGUUCCAGCACCGAAUCUGAACUAACUUCGUCCACGACAGACUCAUCCACUAGUGGAUCCGAUAUAAUAACAUCGACUACCCCAGAUUUAACUACAACCGAAAAACAGGAAACACCUAUUGACAAGUGUUCUUAUAAUGAAGAUCCUGAUUACUUUACAUGUACAGUGAAAGGCAGAUUCAGAAAUGCAAAUGAUAGAACCUGUACAACCUAUUAUCUAUGCAAUGUUUUAAGUAGUGGAAGAGUAAUCCAAACGAAAUAUACCUGUCCUACAAACUCAAACUUUAAUCCAGCCAAACAACUUUGCGAUGUAGACUAUAAAUGUCCUUGCCCUUCAGUACCAGACACUACUAUAACCUCAACUUCUCCUACAGUCACAACCGAUGACAAUAUAACUACUGAAGUUUCCACAGAGGACGAGAUAACAUCAAGUACAACAGUGACAACCGAUAGAAAUACUAAUCAAGACAACAACGAUAGUAGUACAUCAAAUACCGAGACAACAGAAAAUAUAACAAACACUUCAGAUAAUAAUACAAGUUCCAGCACAGAAUCUGAACUAACUUCGUCCACGACAGACUCAUCCACUAGUGGAUCCGAUAUAAUAACAUCGACUACCCCAGAAAUAACUACAACCGAAAAACAGGAAACACCUAUUGACGAGUGUACCUAUAAUGAAGAUCCUGAUUACUUUACAUGUACAGUGAAAGGCAGAUUCAGAAAUGCAAAUGAUAGAACCUGUACAACCUAUUAUCUAUGCAAUGUUUUAAGUAGUGGAAGAGUAAUCCAAACGAAAUAUACCUGUCCUACAAACUCAAACUUUAAUCCAGCCAAACAACUUUGCGAUGUAGACUAUAAAUGUCCUUGCCCUUCAGUACCAGACACUACUAUAACCUCAACUUCUCCUACAGUCACAACCGAUGAAAAUAUAACUACUAAAGUUUCCACAGAGGACGAGAUAACAUCAAGUACAACAGUGACAACCGAUAGAAAUACUAAUCAAGACAACAACGAUAGUAGUACAUCAAAUACCGAGACAACAGAAAAUAUAACAAACACCUCAGAUAAUAAUACAAGUUCCAGCACCGAAUCUGAACUAACUUCGUCCACGACAGACUCAUCCACUAGUGGAUCCGAUAUAAUAACAUCGACUACCCCAGAUUUAACUACAACCGAAAAACAGGAAACACCUAUUGACGAGUGUUCUUAUAAUGAAGAUCCUGAUUACUUUACAUGUACAGUGAAAGGCAGAUUCAGAAAUGCAAAUGAUAGAACCUGUACAACCUAUUAUCUAUGCAAUGUUUUAAGUAGUGGAAGAGUAAUCCAAACGAAAUAUACCUGUCCUACAAACUCAAACUUUAAUCCAGCCAAACAACUUUGCGAUGUAGACUAUAAAUGUCCUUGCCCUUCAGUACCAGACACUACUAUAACCUCAACUUCUCCUACAGUCACAACCGAUGAAAAUAUAACUACUAAAGUUUCCACAGAGGACGAGAUAACAUCAAGUACAACAGUGACAACCGAUAGAAAUACUAAUCAAGACAACAACGAUAGUAGUACAUCAAAUACCGAGACAACAGAAAAUAUAACAAACACCUCAGAUAAUAAUACAAGUUCCAGCACCGAAUCUGAACUAUCUUCGUCCACGACAGACUCAUCCACUAGUGGAUCCGAUAUAAUAACAUCGACUACCCCAGAUUUAACUACAACCGAAAAACAGGAAACACCUAUUGACGAGUGUUCUUAUAAUGAAGAUCCUGAUUACUUUACAUGUACAGUGAAAGGCAGAUUCAGAAAUGCAAAUGAUAGAACCUGUACAACCUAUUAUCUAUGCAAUGUUUUAAGUAGUGGAAGAGUAAUCCAAACGAAAUAUACCUGUCCUACAAACUCAAACUUUAAUCCAGCCAAACAACUUUGCGAUGUAGACUAUAAAUGUCCUUGUCCUUCAGUACCAGACACUACUAUAACCUCAACUUCUCCUACAGUCACAACCGAUGACAAUAUAACUACUGAAGUUUCCACAGAGGACGAGAUAACAUCAAGUACAACAGUGACAACCGAUAGAAAUACUAAUCAAGACAACAACGAUAGUAGUACAUCAAAUACCGAGACAACAGAAAAUAUAACAAACACUUCAGAUAAUAAUACAAGUUCCAGCACAGAAUCUGAACUAACUUCGUCCACGACAGACUCAUCCACUAGUGGAUCCGAUAUAAUAACAUCGACUACCCCAGAAAUAACUACAACCGAAAAACAGGAAACACCUAUUGACGAGUGUUCUUAUAAUGAAGAUCCUGAUUACUUUACAUGUACAGUGAAAGGCAGAUUCAGAAAUGCAAAUGAUAGAACCUGUACAACCUAUUAUCUAUGCAAUGUUUUAAGUAGUGGAAGAGUAAUCCAAACGAAAUAUACCUGUCCUACAAACUCAAACUUUAAUCCAGCCAAACAACUUUGCGAUGUAGACUAUAAAUGUCCUUGCCCUUCAGUACCAGACACUACUAUAACCUCAACUUCUCCUACAGUCACAACCGAUGAAAAUAUAACUACUAAAGUUUCCACAGAGGACGAGAUAACAUCAAGUACAACAGUGACAACCGAUAGAAAUACUAAUCAAGACAACAACGAUAGUAGUACAUCAAAUACCGAGACAACAGAAAAUAUAACAAACACCUCAGAUAAUAAUACAAGUUCCAGCACCGAAUCUGAACUAUCUUCGUCCACGACAGACUCAUCCACUAGUGGAUCCGAUAUAAUAACAUCGACUACCCCAGAUUUAACUACAACCGAAAAACAGGAAACACCUAUUGACGAGUGUUCUUAUAAUGAAGAUCCUGAUUACUUUACAUGUACAGUGAAAGGCAGAUUCAGAAAUGCAAAUGAUAGAACCUGUACAACCUAUUAUCUAUGCAAUGUUUUAAGUAGUGGAAGAGUAAUUCAAACGAAAUAUACCUGUCCUACAAACUCAAACUUUAAUCCAGCCAAACAACUUUGCGAUGUAGACUAUAAAUGUCCUUGCCCUUCAGUACCAGACACUACUAUAACCUCAACUUCUCCUACAGUCACAACCGAUGAAAAUAUAACUACUAAAGUUUCCACAGAGGACGAGAUAACAUCAAGUACAACAGUGACAACCGAUAGAAAUACUAAUCAAGACAACAACGAUAGUAGUACAUCAAAUACCGAGACAACAGAAAAUAUAACAAACACCUCAGAUAAUAAUACAAGUUCCAGCACCGAAUCUGAACUAUCUUCGUCCACGACAGACUCAUCCACUAGUGGAUCCGAUAUAAUAACAUCGACUACCCCAGAUUUAACUACAACCGAAAAACAGGAAACACCUAUUGACGAGUGUUCUUAUAAUGAAGAUCCUGAUUACUUUACAUGUACAGUGAAAGGCAGAUUCAGAAAUGCAAAUGAUAGAACCUGUACAACCUAUUAUCUAUGCAAUGUUUUAAGUAGUGGAAGAGUAAUCCAAACGAAAUAUACCUGUCCUACAAACUCAAACUUUAAUCCAGCCAAACAACUUUGCGAUGUAGACUAUAAAUGUCCUUGUCCUUCAGUACCAGACACUACUAUAACCUCAACUUCUCCUACAGUCACAACCGAUGAAAAUAUAACUACUGAAGUUUCCACAGAGGACGAGAUAACAUCAAGUACAACAGUGACAACCGAUAGAAAUACUAAUCAAGACAACAACGAUAGUAGUACAUCAAAUACCGAGACAACAGAAAAUAUAACAAACACCUCAGAUAAUAAUACAAGUUCCAGCACAGAAUCUGAACUAACUUCGUCCACGACAGACUCAUCCACUAGUGGAUCCGAUGUAAUAACAUCGACUACCCCAGAUUUAACUACAACCGAAAAACAGGAAACACCUAUUGACGAGUGUUCCUAUAAUGAAGAUCCUGAUUACUUUACAUGUACAGUGAAAGGCAGAUUCAGAAAUGCAAAUGAUAGAACCUGUACAACCUAUUAUCUAUGCAAUGUUUUAAGUAGUGGAAGAGUAAUCCAAACGAAAUAUACCUGUCCUACAAACUCAAACUUUAAUCCAGUCAAACAACUUUGCGAUGUAGACUAUAAAUGUCCUUGUCCUUCGGUAUCAGACACUACUAUAACCUCAACUUUUCCUACAGUCACAACCGAUGACAAUAUAACUACUGAAGUUUCCACAGAGGAGGAGAUAACAUCAAGUACAACAGUGACAAUAGAUAGAAAUACUAAUCAAGAUAACAACGAUAGUAGUACAUCAAAUACCGAGACAACAGAAAAUAUAACAAACACGUCAGAUAAUAAUACAAGUUCGAGCACAGAAUCUGAACUAACCUCGUCGACGACGGACUCAUUAACUAGUGGAUCCGAUACGUCAAUAUCGACUACACCAUAUUUAACUACAACCGAAAAACAGGAAACACCUAUUGACGAGUGUUCCUAUAAUGAAAAUCCUGAUUACUUUACAUGUACAGUGAAAGGCAGAUUCAGAAAUGCAAAUGAUAAAACUUGUACAACCUAUUAUCUAUGCAAUGUUUUAAGUAGUGGAAGAGUAAUCCAAACGAAAUAUACUUGUCCUACAAACUCAAACUUUAAUCCAGCCAAACAACUUUGCGAUGUAGACUAUAAAUGUCCCUGUCCUUCAGCAUCAGAAACUACCAUAACCUCAACUUCUCCUACAGUCACAACCGAUGACAACAUAACUACUGAAGUUUCCACAGAGGAGGAGAUAAUAUCAAGUACAACAGUGACAACCGAUAGAAAUAAUAAUUCAGAAAAUUCUACGUCUAUAUCAACAGUAACGACGAUUUCUGAAGGCUGUCAUUAUGAAGAAGAUCCAAAUUAUUUUACUUGUACAUCAUCAGGUAGUUUCCCCAAUAAUAACGACCGAAGUUGUGGUACCUAUUUCUACUGCAUAAAUGUUCUAGAUCCGAUACUUAUCAUUAAGUCGAAAUAUUCCUGUUACCAAAAUACUUACUUUAACCCUGAAACACAAAUAUGUGAGGCGGAGUAUUUAUGUCCAUGUAACACUAGUUUUCCGGACAGUUCUUCUGUUAUACCUGGAUUAAGUACAACAGAACUUAGUACAUUAUUUCCGACGGGUAAAGUAACUACGGAAGAAACUAGUUUGGAUUCCGCCACAACAGAAGCAGCGCAAAGUGAUAUUUGUAUUUAUGAAGAAGAUCCAGAUUAUUUUACCUGCACAACGUCCGGAAGUUUUCCUAAUUAUAAUGACAGAAGUUGCAAAACAUAUUUUUAUUGCGUAAAUAUUCUUGAUCCAAUACUUAUAAUAAAGUCACAGUAUACGUGUGAUAAAGACACCUACUUUAAUCCCUUAACGAAAACCUGUGAAGCUGAAUAUGUAUGCCCUUGUAUUGGUCGGUCCAGCAGUACAAGCGACAUAACACAAACAACUGGGCCAACGACCAUAACUACUACACAAGUAACAACGUCAAAGGAAAUAGGUACUGAUAAAACCACUGCUUCAGUUACAUUUAGCACUAGUGUAUCGGAAUUAACUGACUCGGAGUAUAAUAGUACCAUAAGUCAUCAACCGAUGACCUCCACUGAAUCGAUAUCCAGUACUACACAAGGAGAGAAAUGUUUCUAUAAUGAUGAUCCCAAUUACUUUAUAUGCAGCGUAAAAGGAAGAUUUAGGAACGAAAAUGACAGAAGCUGCCAAACUUAUUAUCUUUGCAACGUUUUAAGUAGUGGAAGAAUUAUUCAAACUAAAUAUAGUUGUCCUACAAAUUCGUUCUUUAAUGAAGAGAAGCAGUUGUGUGACGUAUCCUAUAAAUGUCCCUUUAAAGAUAACCUUAUGGUAAAGAUAACUCAAAAAGACUCAAAGAUAAUUUUGUGUCAGCGAAAGGUCCCUUUAGAAAAACGUGGCAUUAUAUCUAAAUGUAAAUGUUCUACAGAGUGGUUAAGCAAUUGGGAUACAGUUGAGAAACCUGAUAAAAUAUUCAGAAUUUGUUUGAAUCCUAGAGAUUUAAACCAAGCAUUUAAAAAGGAAUGUGGUUUAAUACCUAUUAUUGAAAAGAUAUGCAGUAAUUUAAAAAACAAAUGUUAUUAUUCUAUUUAA